CCUGCGAGCAACAACUUUCUCAGAUUGACACAGAAUGGAGAGAAGCUGACGCACCGUUAUUUACCGGACCGUUAACUUUCCUGCUCCAGCUUUCCUCAUGCCAUCACAGCUUUCACGCUGCGUUAGACCAGGAGAAUACAACUGCGAGAUAGUUUUGUAACAGUUUGAGCACUGAAGAGCUGACAAUUUAUCCUAAUAGUUUUUUCUUCCCCUCUUCUUUUUGGAAGCUUGUACCGCGUUAUUACGCAUGACGCGCAAAGAGAUGGCUACUCUUUGGAGACACACAAGAGGACUACAACAUGUUUUCUGUGCUUAUCUCUCUAUUUCAGUGGUCUAUUCUUACAAUAUAGACUUAGAACAUCCUUUGGUGUUUCGCGGACCAAAUUCUAGUUUUUUUGGCUAUUCUGUGCUGGAGCAUUAUCAUGACAACACACGCUGGGUAAUAGUCGGGGCUCCAAAGGCAAACUCAACCUACAGUAGCUCUGUGCACUCUCCUGGAGCUGUAUAUAAGUGUCGAGUUCACAGCAACCCAGAGCGCCGCUGCACAGAGAUGGAUCUGGGAAGAGGGAACAAGCCGAGAGAGUCGUGUGGCAAGACGUGCCAGGGAGACAGGGAUGACGAGUGGAUGGGGGUCAGCCUGGCCCGCCAGGACCGAGCCAAUGGCAACAUUUUGGCCUGUGCUCACCGCUGGAAAAACAUCUACUACGACUCAGAGCAUAUUCUUCCACACGGGUACUGCUCCAUCAUUCCUCCCACUCUCCAGGGCAGGACGAAGCCGCUCAUCCCUUGUUAUGAAGACUAUAAGCAGAAGUAUGGGGAAGAGCACGGCUCGUGCCAAGCCGGGAUAGCGGGAGUUUUUACGGAGGAGCUGGUGGUGAUGGGCGCACCGGGGUCAUACUACUGGACUGGGACGAUCAAGGUGUACAACCUGACUUCUGACUCUUUCUACAGCCCCAACAAAGAAGACGUUGACUCUCACAGAUACAGCUACCUUGGCUAUGCCGUGACUGCUGGACACUUCUCCUCUCCUAAUGUAAUAGACAUCGCUGCAGGGGCGCCACAGCACAGCGGCAGUGGAAAAGUUUACAUUUUCAAAAUCGACGGUGUGUCUUUGGUGAAGAGCUUUCAAGCCUCGGGGAGAAUGAUGGGCUCUUACUUUGGCUCCUCAUUGUGUGCAGUUGAUCUGAACCAGGACGGCUUGUCGGACCUGCUGGUGGGGGCACCCAUGCACAGCCAGCUCCGGGAUGAGGGCCAGGUGUCUGUGUACCUCAGCAAGGGCAAUGGGGUGAUGGAGGAAGAAGGUGUUUUGAGUGGUGACAAUGCUUUCAAUGCACACUUUGGAGAAUGCAUUUCCGCAAUUGGAGACAUAGAUGAUGAUGGAUAUCAAGAUGUAGCCAUAGGAGCCCCGAAAGAGGAUGACUAUGGAGGAGCCGUUUAUAUCUACCAUGGGGACGCCAAAGGAAUCAUCAGCAAAUACUCAAUGAAACUGUCUGGGCGCAGUGUAAACCCCGGUCUGCAGAUGUUUGGCCAGUCAAUCUCUGGCAAUGUAGACAUGGAUGGCAAUGGAUACGCAGAUGUCACUAUUGGGGCUUUCAUGUCAGAUAGUGUGGUCAUGCUGAGAACUCGGCCUGUCAUUACGGUGGAUAUCUCCAUCUUCCUGCCCGUCUCCAUCAACAUCUCUGUGCCGCAGUGCCACGAGGGCCUCCAGAACAUAAACUGCUUCAAUGUCACCGUCUGCAUGCGCUUCAGGGGAAGACAGCUGCCUGGACAGAUAGAGUUGCUGUACAACCUGACAGCUGACGUGGAUAAGCGACAGAAGAGCCAGCCUUCCCGGGUCUAUUUCACUCAAAGCGGUUCUCAGAUCAGCCAGAUAAGCCAGCAGAUCAGCUUGGACUUCAACAGAGAGGAGUGCCAGCGCUACACUGCCUACGUUAAGAAAGACGUGAAGGACGUGUUCACAGCCAUCACGUUCGAGGUGGCUUACAGCCUGGGGAAGCAUGUGCUGUCGGGAGACCAGGAGCGAGACCUGCCCGCGCUCACUCCCGUGCUACGAUGGAGGAAAGGAAACAAGAUCGCAGCGAGGAACGAGACUUGGUUUGAGAAGAACUGCCUUUCAGACGACUGUGCUGCAGACCUGAGGCUUCAUGGGAAACUGUUGCUCUCUGGGUUGCAUAGCAAACCCCAUUUGGCCCUCGGAGGAGUGAAGAAUGUCUCUCUGAACCUGACCAUCUCUAACGCUGGGGACGACGCCUACGACACCAACAUCUACUUCCACUUCUCCAGAGAGGUUUUCUACAUCAACUUCUGGCAGAAGGAAGAGAAGGGUAUUUCCUGUGGACUUGUUGAUUUGGACUUCCUCAAAUGCAGCGUGGGAUUUCCCUUCAUGAGAGCGCAGACUAAGUAUCAUUUUGCAGUGAUUUUUGACACGAGUCAGCUCUCUGGGCAAAAUGACACAUUGCAGUUCUUCAUUCAAGCAAAAAGCGCCAAUCCUGAGCACAACCUCUCUGACAACAGUUUGGAUCUGUCCAUCCCUCUGGUUCAUGAGACCGACACGACUAUUACUGGUGUGGUGACACCGAGCUCCUUUGUGUACGGGAACUACAUUGAUGCCUCUCGCUUCGUCCAGUUGGAAGACAUGGAGUGUAACUUUCAGCCUCUUAAUCUCACUUUUCAGGCCAUAAACAAGGGGCCCAGCAGGUUGCCUGGCUCCACCGUGGACAUCAGGAUACCCAACCGGCUGGUUGGCAGCGGAGCAGACAUGUUCCACAUCAUUGAAACACAGGUCGCCGAGGGCCGAGGAAACUGCACCCCUCACAGGAACCCGACGCUGUGCACCGUGCCCCAGGACAGAGAGAGCAUCUUCCACUCCAUCUUUGCCUUCUUCUCCAAAUCAGGACGCAAAGUCUUAGACUGUGACCGGCCUGGAAGAGCUUGUAUGACAAUCUCCUGCAGUCUGGGCCCACAAUUAAAAGAAGAAGCUCUGAGCAUAGAUAUCAAGCUUCUAGUCAACACUGAAAUUAUCAAGAGGGAUAGUUCCUCUGUGAUCCAGUUUGUGACGAGGGGCAGCGUGCAAGUCAAUGACAGGGCGGUGGAGGUGCCAAAUGGCCUGCCAGAAGACAUUUCUCUGGUGUUCGAGGCGCUCCACAGUCAGGAGCCGAAGGGUUACGUAGUCGGCUGGAUCAUUGCCAUCAGUCUGCUGGUGGGAAUCCUCAUCUUUUUGCUGUUAGCUGUGCUACUCUGGAAGAUGGGAUUCUUCCGUCGGCGCUACAGAGAGAUCAUUGAGGCUGAAAAGAACAGGAAGGACAGUGAUGAAAGCUGGGACUGGAUGGAAAAGAACCACUGAGACUUGUAGUGGGGGUCCCACAGGAGCCAAUGAGAUUAGGGAUUGGGUCGAGAAAGAUCCAAUAGCACGUGGUCUCGCAGCCCAGCCGCCCCAGUGGCACCAGGCCCUUCAGUCUUCCAUAUGUGGAAGAGAAGCAUAUUCUCCACAUUUUUUGGAGACUUGAUAUUUUUUUUGUGGGUGGUGGUCCAGGAAACAGGCUUCUGAAGUGACAGUUUGGCUUGCCAGAGGACACUUGCUGUGGAAUUCAGCCAAUCUCAAAGGAGGAAACUCCCAGCCAGCGAGAGUGGAGCUGUUGAUGGAGACCCACAUCCUUACGGGGGUGUAGCAACAGCAUGAAUACUGCUGGACAAUAAAACCCUCAGGGCUGUGUUACAUAGCAAAUUUAUUUUUUAUACAUACACGUUAAGCCAUAUUGUAUAAAACUGGGCUUCAAGAAGCGAUGGGGUUUUGACGGCCAUUAUUAACAUACUGUAUCUCCAGUAUGUUUUCCUAAAAGCACUGAUGUUUGAUAAGAAUGAAUGCCUUGGCUUCAUAGCUUUACUUUUUAUGCCAAAGAUAUGUCCUGUAUAGUAUAUGAUUGGAGUUGUUUGUAUAUUCAGUUCUUCCUGGGAGUGAAAGAUUGUAUCUUUUCUGUUCUAUUUCCGCCUUAUGAAUAUCUGGUUUACACAUCUGACUCCCACAGAUAAUAAGCCGGAGCUAAUUCAAUGUUUCACACACACACAAGGAUUAAAAUGUUGUGUCCUCAUGUCA